AUGAAAGAAACUCAGGAUAAGUAUGAUUUCCGAGUUCGAUGGCAGCCGUUUCUUCUUCGCCCUGACCUACCCGAGGAAGGCGUACCCAAGCCACCGGAUAAAAUGAUUGUCCCUCGGCCCCUUCCUCAUUUUGUAACACAAGGAAAACAAUUUGGCAUCGACUUUACUUUCAAGUGUCCACGUUACCCAAAUACUAUAAGAUCUCAUGCACUGCUUGAAUUUGCUAAAGACAAAGGGGACUUCGAUAAACAGAAUGAAAUUUCUGAGAAAAUCUUUCAGUCCUACUUUACAAAUGGUGUCUUCCUGGAUACUGAUGCAUUGGUGUCCAUUGCAAAAGAAGUUGGUUAUGAACCAGAUGAAGUCAAAGAGUUUAUUAAUAGAUCUCAAGUCCAGGAGAAUGUUCUUAAGCAGUACAAAACUUGGUCUAGCAAGGGUGUCUCUGGUGUGCCACAUUUCUUCAUGAAUGGUUACAGCACCUUCUCUGGAGCCCAAGAUCCUCGAUCAUUCAUAAAAAUGUUUGAAAGAGUUGCAGAAUUACAGUCUUAG